AGAAAAUAUUCCCUAUAGCUCCUUUGUGCACACCCCUGCCUAGAGUACACUCACGUUGUUUACGUUCUGCAACUAUUCUGCACAAUGGCCAUCGACUACAUCAGCUUUGCGUAUGCGGCAACAAUCGCGGCCGGAGGGGUGUUGGGCUACGCUAAGGCGGGCAGUACAGCCUCCCUGGGUGCAGGUCUGCUAUUCGGCUCGGUCAUGUGCUUUGGCGCCUACCAGACCAGUCAGAACCCUAACAACUACGCACUCUCUCUUGGCGCCAGCUCGCUCCUUAUGGGAGUCAUGGGGAACAGAUUCCUGUUCCAAAACGCCAAGUUUAUGCCGGCAGGCCUCGUAGCUACACUCAGUUUGGCCAUGGUCUUGAGAUAUGGCGCGCGAGGCUUGGGCCUGGUCCAGCAAUAGGAAAAUGAAGAUAUGCCAGUAUGCAUCACAAACUACAGGGCAAUUCAAAAUUGCUCAAAUGCAUUGAAAUUGGAAAUUUUCACUUCAACUUUACAGUUUAUUGCCAAUGAUUUCAUGUUUUAUUUUGUUACAGAUAAAUAAAAGUUUUGUAAAAAUGCA